CAUUAACCGUCAACUAGUCCUAAUUUCUCUAGCUACAGCUACUGGCAGUAAAGCAAUAUUGACAAAGCCAGAACAUAUAUGCAACACUGCUGGGUAAUCCCCGACGGCGUAUGUAAGACCGAGCUGCCUAGUAGGUGCUCAAACUUGCUAUUUAAUUCACCAACUGAAGCGGCUAGCACAAUCGGCAGUCUUGUUUCACACCUACUUGUUGAGAAGAUUAGCUUGACCAGCAGUACGAGAGCCGGGAGCAUGUCUGAAACACGCUUGCAGAAGCGACAUUUUCAUGUGAUUACAGUUGCGUAAGUAACUGACCAGACUUAUA